AUGCUUUCUAUAAAAGAGAUGAAUAUAUGGGGAGAACCAUUGAAUGGACUUAAUGCAGAAUUAACUAGAAAUAUACUUUCUCAUAUAAAGAAAUUUAGUAAUACAAAUGUAGUUGCAUUAAACCAUGUACCAAAAGUAGUACUGGAUGUAUUUGACUAUGUUAUUAUUAUGUAUAACUCUGCUAUUAUAUAUUCUGGACCUUGUCUGAAGCAGAUGAGUAUUUCGUGGAGAUGGGCGUAG